GGGAAAUAUGGAAAAUCACAUUAUUAGCCAUACGAAACAAAUGAGUCACGAGACAUAAGAAGACAAAGAGACAGAGUCACAGACUAUUCGUCUUCUACCUUCUUCUAACUCACUUCAUUUUCACCAAAACCAACAAAUAUAUUCUUCUCACUUUCCGAGCUUUCCAGUUCAACUAUGGCGGCUCCGAUCAUACUUUUCUCUUUCCUUUUAUUCUUCUCUGUCUCUGUCUCGGCACUUAACGUCGGUGUUCAGCUCAUACAUCCCUCCAUUUCCUUGACUAAAGAAUGUAGCCGGAAAUGUGAAUCAGAGUUUUGUUCAGUGCCUCCAUUUCUGAGGUAUGGGAAGUACUGUGGACUACUUUACAGUGGAUGUCCUGGUGAGAGACCUUGUGAUGGUCUUGAUUCUUGUUGCAUGAAACAUGAUGCUUGUGUCCAAUCCAAGAAUAAUGAUUAUCUAAGCCAAGAGUGUAGUCAGAAGUUCAUUAACUGCAUGAACAAUUUCAGCCAGAAGAAGCAACCGACGUUCAAAGGUAACAAAUGCGACGCUGAUGAAGUGAUUGAUGUCAUCUCCAUUGUCAUGGAAGCUGCUCUUAUCGCCGGCAAAGUCCUCAAGAAACCCUAACUAUUUAUAUAUAUUUUUCUAUAUUUCUAGUUACAAUUGUUUCCCUUUUUUUCCCCCUCAGGACAUUUGUCUUAAUUUAUCAAAAUACUAUUAAGUAAUACUAUAGCUUUUUUUUUUUUGUCAAACUUAGGCCUUGUUAGAGGACUAGUGUAGGUGCCAGUGAAUCAGCAAUAGGGUCUCGAGGAAUUAAUAAACGGUCAAGGUGAACGGAUAUAUAGGUUUUUUGGUCUCCAAGCGUUAUUUACAUGGUGGCAUUGUUACAUUGAAGUUAUCUACACAAUUGCAUAAAUACUUUCAAUUUUGUUAAAAGGGAAUGUAAUAAGGUAACCCAUCACUUAGCUAGAUUAACCUAUAAUCAACCAUUGUUCUUAGCUGAUUCUGUUUCUCCGCCUCUUUGGCUCAAAGAACUUCUGUAUAUCGAUUCUUCAAAUUAAUACAAUAAGUGUUUAGACGGA